AAACACUUAACGGGACGACAUGUUGCGCAUGCACACAAGCCGCCUGCCUCCUCCAGUACUUCGGUAAUGGCUGCCAGGAAAGAUGAACGAACGGGCAGCCUCUUUUUACUUUAGAGCGCUCGCUUGCAAGGGACCGUUAUCAUCGACAUUUCCGAGUUAACAUGCUCCAUAAACGUUUCGUCAAGCACCACGAAAGAGGUUUUCAUCGUGGGAACAUCGUUUCCGAAAAAGUGCCCACUGCCAACAACACGUCUUAGUGGUCAGUUCUGCCUGCAGAUCAGCAAAUAACCUGAGGCCAUGGCAGUGAAGGACCGCGUCGAGGCUGUGCUCAAUGUGGGUCUGCGUGUUCCCAGCAUCAUGCUGCUCGAUGUCCUCUACCGCUGGGACGUCAGCUCCUUCUUCCAGAAGAUCCAACGCUCCAGCCUGUCCAACAACCCCCUGUUUCAGUACAAAUACCUGGCACUCUAUCUGCAUUACGUAGGUUACAUCCUGAGCUUGGUGCUCCUGACUUUGCCGCGUCAGCACCUGGUUAAACUGUACCUGUACGUUCUGACUGCCCUGCUCCUUUUCGCCGGUCACCAGGUUUCAAGGGAUUAUGUUCGCAGUGAACUGGAUUCUGGUUAUGAAGGACCUAUUUAUCUGGAACCGCUCUCUAUGAACAGGUUCUCCACGGCUCUCAUAGGCCAGCUGGUGGUGUGCACACUGUGUUCCUGUGUAAUGCAAACCAAGAGGAUUUGGCUCUUCUCUGCUCACCUCCUCCCUCUGGUGGCCAGAUUGUGUCUGGUCCCCCCGGAGACCAUUGUGUUCAUCAAUAAGUUCUCCAUGAUCUUCACAGGCCUGGAGGUCAUUUACUUUUUGGCGUCAAACUUGCUGGUACCAUACAACCUAGCCAAGACUGCCUACAGGGAACUUGCUCAGGUUGUGGAAGUGUACGGUCUCCUGGCCCUGGGGAUGUCUCUGUGGAACCAGCUGGUCCUUCCUGUUCUUUUCAUGUGUUUCUGGCUGCUGCUGUUCGCCCUGCAGAUCUACACAUAUUUUAGCACCAGAGACCAGCCAACCUCAAGGGAGAGACUUCUCUUCUUAUUCCUCACCAGCGUUGCAGAAUGUUGCAGUACUCCGUACUCUCUGCUGGGUCUAGUUUUCACAGUCUCCUUCAUCGCUCUUGGAGUUCUCACUUUAUGCAAGUUCUACCUGCAGGGCUACAGAGCCUUUAUGAAUGACAACACCAUGCACAGAGGAAUGACGGAGGGCAUCACCCUGCUGAUCCUCGCCGUCCAAACCGGCCUGAUAGAGCUGCAGGUCAUCCAUCGAGCCUUCCUUCUCUCUAUCAUCCUCUUCAUUGUGGUUGCUUCCAUCCUGCAGUCUAUGCUUGAAAUUGCUGAUCCCAUAGUCCUGGCGCUGGGGGCCUCCAGGGACAAGAGUCUGUGGAAGCACUUCAGAGCCGUGUCCCUGUGCCUCUUCCUCCUGAUCUUUCCAGCCUACAUGUCUUACAUGAUCUGUCAAUUCUUCCAUAUGGAUUUCUGGCUCCUCAUCAUCAUCUCUUCUUCAAUCCUCACCUCUCUUCAGGUUCUCGGUACUCUGCUGAUCUACGUCCUUUUCAUGGUGGAGGAGUUUCGGAAAGCUCCGGUGGAGAACAUGGAUGAGGUCAUCUACUAUGUCAAUGGGACCUACAGAUUGCUGGAGUUUCUGGUUGCUGUUUGUGUGGUGUGCUACGGCGUCUCAGAAACUGUCUUUGGGGAGUGGAGCGUCAUGGGAAGCACCAUCAUCUUGGUUCACUCAUAUUAUAACGUGUGGCUCAGAGCCCAGCUGGGCUGGCAGAGCUUCCUGCUCAGAAGAGACGCGGUAAACAAGAUCAAAAGUCUCCCCACAGCCAGCGACGCUCAGCUGGAACAGUACAACGACAUCUGUGCCAUUUGCUUCCAGGACAUGAAGAGUGCUGUGAUCACUCCAUGCAGUCACUUCUUCCACGCUGGCUGUCUGAAGAAAUGGCUGUAUGUCCAAGAAACAUGUCCUCUCUGUCACGCACAACUCAAAAGCCAAUCCCCAGCCGCCAGUGUCCCCGCCGACGUCCCUCCAGCCAAUCAGAAUCCUGGAGGACAAGGAGACAUGGCAGCAGUCUGCAACGCUAAGAAGGAUGAGGCCACAGAAAAAGAAAGAGAAGAGGGAACAAGAAAGGAAGAGGAGGGACCCUCAGGCAUGCACCCUGACCACCACCACCCUGCUAGUCAGGCAUCUUCAGCUUCAGCUUGUUCCUCUUCUUCACGUGAGACGGAUUCACAUCAGACAACAGAUGAUGUGUGCUCCUCUUCCUCCACCCCAGACACAUUAGACAUGCCCUGCACUCCUCCAUCUCGACCCCACCCGCUCCCCGCCUCCACCUUGAAGCAGUCAUCCUCACAGAUGAAGCAGCCAGGCUCUGUGUGUCCUCUGAACAGACCAGAGCCACGCCAAGAUCAGCCGACGCAAUCUGACCAACUCGCCGGCCUUUCUGAGGAAUGUUCCCCUCUGCCGUGCAGCCUCUGAGCCCCGCCCACAACCCCGCCCAUGCAUGAACAUCAAAACACAAUCUAGACAUCCGUACUCUACCUGUCUUAGCUUCUGGCUCUGUCGUCAUGCAGAAAAUCCAACUCUGUCAUGUUGUUUCCAAGAGGAAAAGAUCUCUCAGCAGAUUUUCCUGACUUGGUCUGAAAGUUGUUAUUGCUUUUGGUACGUUAAAGGCAGUUUCCUUCAGAUAUGGUAACAUCGCUCCGUGUCAAAGGUCAACAUUUCUUCUGUUGUGUUUUUCUGAUUUAAACGCUGCAAAAAAAACAAAACAAGAAUUCAUCAUGUCUGAAAUCCUAAAGGUUGAACUUGACGAGCGUCGACGCCGUUUUACCGACAGACCUCCUGCCUUGUUGUUUGUGCAGCUUUAACUUGAAGCGCUGCACGCUUCGUCCCGUAUGUGCCAUGACUUCCUUCAGGAACGGAUCAGAGGUUGAGACAGCUUUGUGAGACCGUGGGACUCAUGGUUGCUAUGGAAACCAUCACAGUCCUCACGUUUCCUAAAAAUCUACACCUUCUGGAGCUUUUAACUCACAGAUUGUAGGUUUGUGUAUUAGUACAUAGUAAACAUUUAACAGCGUGAAUGUGUCUGGAGGCCAUCACAUGACCUGAAGCCUGUUGCAGGUUUACAUGCUGCGGUCUACUCCUAUGUUGCUGUGUGGGAGAAGGAGGCGGGUUCACAUGCAAUGACUCAUCUCACACGUCACUGUUCUCCUGCUUCAAUGUAUGAAACCAACUUGUUAGGCUGGUCCCAGCAAACACACGUAUGUCCCUCACCGCCAAAGCUUUUGUAAUACGGUUACAGAAAUCUUAUUUUUGAGGGGAUUUUUGCACCGCUUUGUUGAGAACUGUACAGCUGGACUGGACGAGGGCGCUGAUGAGUGGCUUUAGACUGAACGGAACGGUGGGAAUGUGGCAUCUCAAAAGAGUUCACUCAUGUACGCUCUGGCCUGCUUCCUCCUGAGCCCAGCCGACGCACAAACACACUCCGUAUCCGUGACGACUGAACCUCCUUCAGAGCCAGAGCCGAGCCGCCUCGCUCCGUCCAGUCACAUCACAGAGGUUUUGCGUUCUCGCUCCUUUCUAGGCGUGAGACGCUGCUGCCAGCAGAGCGAGCCGUUUGGCAGCUUUUCUGUCACGUUAGGAUCCCACAUAUGCCUCUUUCACACUCACUCGCACACUCUGCUGUGGUGGCAAACGAGGCGGGAUGCGACAGAAAGGCGUUGGGGGCGAGGAAUCAGUUGAAGCUGGAGCUUCUCGUUCACGCUUGUAUGUGGAGCAUGCACGCUGACCCGUCUUACGUUUUGGUCAAUGUGCUCUGACCUCGCUUACCAAUCUUUUUCUACCUUUUAUUUUUUCUUUGUGGUUGUUAUUUGCACUAAUGGCAUUUAUACUAGCAGUUCUCCAAAGCUGUUAUGUGGCUGUCGGCAACCAAAAACCCUCUGAUGGAAACAGCCUGACCCGUUUGUGUGUAACGUGUACUCAUGUCACUCUGUAAGAAGCUGUAUUAAACCAGUCGAGUGCUGAUAUUUACCCGGCCAACCUCCUCUUCCUCACAGCUUCACGUUGGCUCUGAGGGGAUGAGGUUUCUUGAUCAGCUAGACCAGUCAGUGUUGCUGCCUCUCCAGGCCGAAUGAAGCAUUGUUCAGGCAGGUGUGAUCACUCUGGUGCCCUCUAGUGGUAGGGGUGGGAUCUGCCCGGUGCUGACAAUCUGGAGAUGUUUGUUUAACCCCUAAAGUAUUACUUCCUCUAUAAUUAACAGUCCUUUUACUCUAUAUUACUUUACUAUUACAUGUAAAACCAUUGGCUUCAGGACUGAGAAUGAAUACAUGACUGUAUGAUCAAACCUGGCCAAUUUCUUUUCUUUAAAAUGAAAUGUAGGGGUUGAUGCAUUUUGCACAUUUUCUUUUGAAAGACUGGCAGAAAAACUUUGUAUUUUUUUUUCUUUUCAGUUCCAAUCCUUUGAUUUAAAUACCUAAUGACGUGUUUGUACCAAGAAAAACAUCAGCAAUUUUUUUUUUUUUUAAUGAUUUCCCGGCUUUUGAGUCGAGAAAUUUACCCGCAAGAUAAAAAAAAGAAGUGUGAAGUGGAUAAAUGUCUUUGGCAGCUGUUUGUGAAUGUGCAUUUCAGUAUUAAAUGUGAAUAUUGUUGGGCAGGAGUUUGUCAGCUGUUGAUUCCACCUGCAUUUGCUUGUUUUUCUUGUUUUUUGCUGCAGUCUCCACAGACUACUCAAAGCUCAGCCCAGUUUUUCACAUCUUCAUUUGACUAAAACUGAUCUACAUCAGUUUUUAAAUCAUCUUAACAAAGUGCAUUGUGACAUUUUGUUGCAUAGGUGAGAUGUCCUCUGUAGGAUUAACUUCGUAGAAAAUGCAUCAGGUCUUUUUUUUUUAUGUGCUGUGCCAACAGAUUCAUUAUUGGUGCUUCUAAUGUUAAACAUUUCUGUUCUUUACCAUGAGUUUUAAAGUGUGUGAAUAUUUAGAAGAGCGUGCAUAUCAGUUUUAGACGUCAAGCAAAUCUAGAAACUGAAUCUACAGCUGCCAACUUUCUCCCUGUUAACAGAUUUUCUGUCUUUGCUGAAAGCAUCUUUACCAGCUGUCCACAUCGGUCCUGUCUGACAGAUUUCACUCUGAAUUGAAGGUCACGUUCAGGGAUCUUUUUCAGAUUUGAUAGAAACGUUUUCUAUGAAAUCUGGUGACGAGUGCCAGUAAUGUUUGCUUUCAAAUGCCCCCCCCCCCCCCCCCCACCCCAACAGUUUGGUUUAGACUGACCGGUUCAGACUCGAUACCCGGCAUCGCCUUGGUUUAAUUAAAGAAAAAGAAAAAGAGAAGCUGUCAAUAAAUGAACCAUCCACUGCA